CGUCUGACGUACUUCUCACAGUGCCAACCUGCACCUCUUAGCUAUUAUCUGAGAGUCUUCCAGUUUUUGGCCAGGCUUCUAGCUUCCUUUCAGUCUUUAUUAGCUCCAAGUUUUCAGUGUCCUACUCAGCAAUUUCAGUACAUGUCAUCUUAGAUUUCUCCUUGUAAGCCGAAUUACCAAGUUAAUGAUGAGCAUGUCUCUCAAUAAUACCUCUCAGUGCUCACUGCGUGCCCCCUGACCUCUGCAUAUCUGUGAUUGCUAUCAAGUUUAAAUGAAACAAACAUUAGCUGAAGUACAUCAAAAUGUGUUUUUAGAGCAGGAUGUGUCUCUAUUUCAUAAUGAUAAUGACUUAACUCUGUCUUAAUUUCAGCUGGGACAGAAUUAUUUUCUUCAGAGUGUCUGGUGUGAUGCUGUCUUUGAGUCUAGGAGAAAACAAUGUUGAUAACACACCAACGUUUAUAAUUGCUGUUAAGCAGUGUUGUAGAGAGCCAAGGCUGUUCUCAGGGAAAGGCCCAAGGAGCUGGAAGGAAACAGAACUAGGACACCUGACUUAAACUGGCCAUAGGGAUACUCCAUACUGUAUGACAUCAUGCAGAAUAAGGGGGUCAGAGUUCAUCUCACUCUUUUCCAUUACUCAGGGUGCUACUUUGGCAUCAGUUAGGGGGUGGUGAGCAAUUGCUUGUGCAUCAUUCAUUAUAUGCAUGUAUAAUGAAUAUAUAUAUAUAUAUCAUAUAUAUGUUUAUAUAUGUAUGUAGUCAUAACUAUUUUCUUAUCCUAGUAAGUAGUUUUAUCUUAACCCACAAGUUCUACCUUUUUUGGUUUUUUGUUUUUUUUUUCUUCUGAUUCUCUCCCACGUCUUUCUGGGAAGGGGGAGACUGAGCAAAUGUCUAUGUGUUGGUUAGCCACCUGCUGGAUUAAAGCACAACAAAUCCCAAACUAGUGACACUUAACAAGCAAGUGUCUUUUUGUUAAUUUAGGCACUUAACUGGUUUGUUAAACUCCCAGCUUCUCAUAUUCCAUAACUUCUUCUAGACCAUUGAGAGAAGAAGCCAUAGUGAGUCAAAGUUGGGAUCCCUCAACUCCAGCAUCUUUUUUCUCAUACAGUUUACUGUUAUAUGCUGCAGAAGAAUUAGCACAAAAUCUCCAAGAUGAGCAUGCAUCUGCCUAAAUAAUAACUUGACUGCUAGGUAGUUGGAGAGGUUACCUGCUGACAACGUAUCCUGUUACAGAGUAGAAUUGCUCUAUCUUUAAAAGCACUUGUUUGAAAGCAGCAGGGAAUGAAAAGAACUUUGGGUCUGCACCUCAGGAAGGUGAACCCAAAUUCUCUAUUCAAGCAACUGCAAAUUCCACAUUCUCAGGAGCAGGGUUGCAGACCUGUGAGUCAGUUUUGAAGGAAGCCCGGUUCAUAAAACAGUAUGUACUUUGUUCUAAUAUGCAGUGCUUCACUUGAGAAAGCGGUAUGAGGUGGAUUAUCACUCCCACAGGAAAUAAAUGACAAAUUUAACAAGGCAGCGAAGCUGUGGUCAUUAUGGCUAACCCACACAGACUGCAGCUGCCCAUCAGAUUGGUGAGUUACGCUGUCAGAACAAGUCAUGGUUCGAAAUCUGAGGGGAGGACAGACCUUGUGUCUGAUGCUUCUCACACCCAGCUUGUGAACCAUCUUGGACUAUGGCCAAAAGAUUGGAGUGGAGACCAAGCAAGCACCUGGAAGAGGUGCAACAAAUUUGUAGCUGAAAAUACAUCAGAAACUGAGGAGCCUCAGCUCUGUGGGCCUCAAGGGAAUGUGCACUAGGAGAACCAAACCAGUAGUUGAGCAAGUUUCACCUUCUGUUAUUCCCAUGGUUCUGCCACGCUGAGCUGCAUUCUCCUUUGACAUUUGGGAGUCCACACCAGCUUUAACUUUCUGUAUUCCUUGUAGCCACAUGCUCUUGGCCCUGAGGCUGUAACAUGCAACGUGCUGCCUCGUGUAUCUACUAAUCAUCAAGUCUAUCAUGAAAAACCAAACAACGUCCUGCUUCACCUUUAAAGAAACGUAGUUCAACGUAGGUCUGACCUGAUUGCUUGCCACUGCACAAAAUGCUGCAUGGAAACUUCUCGUCCUAGAAUAUUUCUGCUUUCCGUUUUGCAAUCAAAUGGAAGAACGCUCCCUUCUCAUCCGGUAGGUUUUCCAAAAUCUCUAGAGGAAAAAGCCAAACUCAGAGCCGUUCUCGGGGCUACUGCCAGAGCCUCAUUUCCCUCAGCUGGCAGCCAAGGCUUGAACGCAGCCGCUUGCGGGGCCUCAUUCAGGUUUUCCUCCACGGCGGCAGCACGCCAGCAGCACCAUACCCGGAUUGCUGCAGCACCCGCGCGCAGCGGACUGUCGCGGCGCUGAGCCCUGCUCCGAUCGGGCGGUGCCAACGGGGGCCGGGGCUUAUUCCCGGGGAGCCCGGGGACAGCGAGAGGCGGGACUUAGGGAAGCGGCUUUCUUCACAGACGCCUCGCUGCGGCCGAGCCGAGGCGCGCUGAUUGGCUUCGGAGUAAGACGGAGCGGUGCUGAUUCGCUGGUCUCGGCGAGACCUUCCUGUGUUUACUUCUGACUGGCUGCCGGCCGUGUGGGCGGGGCCUCAGCCGCUAUAAGUGAGGCUGCAGGUGGCGUGCGGGCGCUUCUGUCGGCGCGGUGCGCGGUGUUUUGUCUGAGUGCCGGCCGGGGGAUGUCUGAACCAGCUCAGCAGCCCGCUCCUGGGGCCCCUGAAGGGGGUGCCCCUGCCGGGGGUCCCCCGGGGCCGCCCCCCAAUCUGAGCAGUAACCGUCGGCUGCAGCAGACGCAGGCCCAGGUGGAGGAGGUGGUUGAUAUUAUGCGAGUAAAUGUUGACAAGGUACUGGAACGAGACCAGAAACUUUCAGAGCUUGAUGACCGGGCAGAUGCGCUUCAGGCUGGUGCCUCAGUAUUUGAAAGUAGUGCAGCAAAACUCAAAAGGAAGUACUGGUGGAAGAACUGUAAGAUGAUGAUCAUGAUGGGAGUGAUUUGUGCCAUUGUGGUGGUGGUGAUUGUAAGUAAGUACUGAAAAGCCCAGGAUCACAGGUGAAGAAGCCCUAACUCCAGAGUACUUUUAAAACUUUUGGUUUUUUGGGUUUAUGAUCUGGAGGGUUUUGUUUGCAUAAGUGGUAACUUCUUUCCUUGGAAAAGGGAAGUGAUAGUGUUGGAACUCCCACAGUUACUGUGGAAAUAGUAUGCUCUAUAGAGCAAGGAAAGGAAGUGGGGGUGGUCAUCAAUGUAGAAAUGAGACAGCUUUAUUACCAGGUCAAAUAAAACUGUAAAUAUGAGGGGUAGGUACCUUGAAGUGGGUGGGUUUGCAAGUCUGUUUCCUCGUGGGGGAUUUGGAGGUCUCUGGGGGACCUUUGGUGUAACUUGCCCUUCUGUUCUUUCCUUUUUUUUCCCUCUUGCUUUGUGUCCAGUCUACUUUUUUACUUGAAUGUAGCCCAUUCAGUCUGCAACCUGCUAUCCCCUGUCACCUUGCCUGUCUCUUCUUGCCUCUGAAUCUUCCCUUCCACCUAGCUUCUUCAUUGAUUACUUUAUUGGUUCUGAUUUGUUGUCUUUUCUAAGAUUAUGAAGUGCUCUACUGAUCAUGGGUUAGACUUCCCAACAGCUGCAGCUUAAGAGAGGGUCAUCUGAGCUGAGAGGAAUAGGAAGCAGAAGAGGAGUGGGUGGCUAUUAUCUUGCUCUUCUGCAGGGAAUUUGUGGCUUAUUUUGGGGUGUAAGCUUGUUCAGUUAGUGCCUGUGUGAACUCUAGCAAAUAAAGAAUGCCUUAAUGUAGUGCCUUUGGGGAUGCAGGACUUCAUCAUGUGAGAUGCUUGUGCUCUGCAUAAAGAGUGGCAACAUGAUGUAUGCUUUUAAUUGAUGAAAUAAAGGCUAGUUUAUGCUGGUCAGUGACUAUGAUCCAUCUGACUGAGCUAGACAGUCAUCUAGAUUUCUCUAAUCAUGCAGGGAUGAGCACUCAAGGAAGUGAUUUAUUCUGCCUGUUAUAAUAAGUUGACUUGCUCUUUGAAUGUGGACAUUUCAGUUGUAAUAAAAGGGAGCCGACGUGAUUACCUUAGUGAAGUGCAACAAAUUUAUGUUGAUUGAAAGGAGUUUUAUCGCUGUCUAAAGGGUCUGUGUGGGCAUAAAAUCUACUGCCAGAAGGAAUAAAUUGCCAACAGCGCAAGGAGUGUGGUGGGUGUACGUGCAUCAAAUAUUCCUUUCAUCUAUGCAGACACAAGCCAGGACCUUACAGCUUUCUACAGUCUUGCAUCUUUCUGGAAGAUGUUGGAGUUAGUAGCAGAAAAGAGAAUGGAGUUUGCUUUCCAGUGUUACCAUGUUGAAUGGCAAAGGAAGUCCACUACAUAGUAGAUGAAGGUGAAGGAAAUUGGAUGUUCUUCACAUUAGACUGAGUCACACAGGUUUUUAAGAAUACCUGUUCUGCUUCUCCGACCAUGAAAGCCCUAACUUUUAGCAGGAGUUAGGAAUUCAAAGGGAAAUGCUGCUCUGGCAUGGAUAUUGCAAAGUGACAUUAGUUGCCCCAGUUUGGCAGCAUAGAUCUCUAGAUAAAACUGAAAUCUUCCUACUUGCUAUGGGUUCUCUUGAGCUUAGAUUUGGAGUGGUCUCUGCUGUAAAUAAACUUACAGUGUGGAAUGCCAUGGUUUUCUGUAAGCAAUCUCCUAUGCUUUCAGAAAGAGCAGGAGCUGUGAAUUGCUCAAAUAUGUUGUCAAACCAGAGGUUAAAUGAGCUGUCCUGUUCCACAGUUUCUGCAGUUUUUUGAGGAGUGUAUUUUUUUUUUUUUUACAAGCUGAGCUGUAGCCCAUAAUCUGGACUGUAAAGAGGACAGCUCUUUAGUUGAGGAAGCUCUACCUCAGGCACAGAGUUCUGUCUAGGCUUAGGAGGACGUAGGGGAAAACAUCACUGGCAUUCUGGGGUGGAAGUACAAAAGAUGGGAGGGGCAGAUGCAUUUUGUUGCACUGAGUAUGCUGGAGAAGCCCCUUUCCUCCUCACAGAUUGUCUGGGAAGGGGCUAGGUUUUGCACGCUCACUUCCAUGCCCCAGCAUUUCAUUUGCGCUGAGUUCAUCUCCCUGCAAUUCCAUCCCUCUCCACCUUGGGUGAGGGCAGAGUUGAAGAUCUGCAGUGAAGCAGCCCUCGUCCCCUGAGCACUUCCCUAAUUCCCUGUGGAACUGAGAUGUGAUGGACGGUCAGAAGUGCAUCUGCUGAAGAGGAGCCAGGGUCUGCUUUGUACUACUUACGGCUAUCAUUCUAGGGGGUGGGCAUACAAGCUUGAGGCCCCCAGACCAGCAAUUCUCUUGAACUUUUCAAAACAAAGCCGUUGGUGCCCCAUUCCUCCUAUUCCUCUGGGGACUAAGGUCCCCUUAGGCUGUCUCUUCCAUUUUUUUUCUCUUGGAUGUUGUAUGUUGCUGUCUCUUCUGCUACCUUUCCCCUCCUUUGUGUCUCUAUGCAUGGG